AUGUUCCAACUCCUCCAGCCCGCCGUCUGUCGGACAUUGUCCUCCGGCAUUCGCUCAUUCUCGAGCACCGCCGCCAAACGCGUUUUGCAGGGCGGCAAUGCCACUUCGUCGAAGCUGAAGCCUCUCCUAUGGACCACUGCCCUUGCUGCUACUGGGUUGCUCGCAUGGCAGUCCAGCUCGACUAUCCAGCUCGAUGCAGAGCCUGUUCAGGCUGAAGAGACAAUCGAUCCCGCGUCUGGAAUCGCGUUCCCGAACACCCUGAAGGUCCAGUCGAAGCAGCCGCUGCCGACAUUUGAGCUCGUCGGUGUUGGCGUUCGGACAGUCUCUUUCCUGGGCAUUAAGGUCUACUCCGUCGGACUCUAUGCCGACCUGAACGGCCCCAAACUCAAUAUAUCCAAGUCUGCCACGCCUGAGGAGAAAAUCGAACACAUCAUCAGGAACUCUGUCUGCGUUCUCCGCAUCGCAGUGCGUGUGAGACUAGUCCCAACCCGCUCGACGUCCUUCUCGCACCUCCGCGACGGUUUCAUGCGCGCCCUCCAGGCGCGUCUCGUCCUCGCAAAGCAGCGCAACAGUAUCACCGCAGACGAAGAGCUCGCGGUGCAGUCUCCGCUGCGCAAGUUCAAGUCCAUGUUCCCAGGCACACCGCUCCCCAAGGGCCAGGCGCUCGAUAUCCUGCUCGCACCGCCGGAGUUCAGCCAGCAACGGAGCCUUAUCGUUCGUGACCUCGGUUCGGUGCAGAGCGACUGGCUGGCGCACGAGUUCUUCCUUGCGUACUUUGAGGGAGAUGGGCUUAGUCCGCCGCUCAAAAAAUCUGUAGCUGAGAAGCUGAAAGACUUCGGCAAUUAG